AUGCGGAGCGACAAGAAACGCGUCACAUCACGCGUUGGGUUGACAGAAACAUUUAUAACAAGGUCAUCUGAGCGAAUAUCGAAGCGUCGGACGGUCGCUUUGGAAGAUCGUGUACCAGCCACAGAGCACAAAAUCCGCACGACGCGACGCAAUGAACGGAAAAAAAUAGCUGUGCCGAAGUCGUCUCAACGAGUACUGAAACGUCGAACGGUAUCUCGUAAACGUUACGAGUCGCCAGAAGAACCCGAGGUCUACAAGCAUCAACGUCUAGAUACUUCCACGGAUGAGAUACGCCUCCUGAAACUUUCCCGAGAGACAAAAGGACCUGUACACUGCGAAGUCAAGGUCUUUCCGCUUGAGCGUGCUCCAGAGUAUAUUGCGUUAUCCUAUCGAUGGGGCCCGCCUUCGCCCUUACACGAUCUCUACAUUGAGGGCAGGAAACUUGAAAUCCGGGAUAUCCUCAAUUCAUGCUUACUGGAACUGCGAGAAGAUUUGGAGGCAUGGCUAUGGAUCGAUCAGAUCUGCGUUGCUCAGGAGGAUAGCCUAGAGCGAAAUCAUCAGGUCGGGAUGAUGUCACGAAUUUAUAGCAACAGCAUGUCCGUUAUCAUCUGGAAGGGCGACAUUCCCUUGGCAGCACCCGGAGAACACGAUUGUUAUAAUGAUUCGGACCUCGAUGUUGCAUCGGCAAGGGUUUUGCUCAAGAACACGUAUUUCACAAGGCUGUGGAUUUUUCAAGAAGUAUUCCUUGCCAGCAGUAUCAACAUUCGUAUCAACGGGCACCGUUGCGUCCCGUGGGACAGGCUUCAAGAUAUAUGUGUGUCAAAUCGACAAGUGGAUUCAAGCACAUUCAUGCCCGCUUAUCUUAUGCUACAAAGGAUAAGACGGCAGGCAUUGGGGGCUCUAGAGCUGUACUUGCCGCUCAUGGAUUGCAUCGCAGGCUUGCAUGCGGGAAUAUGUGAGAACCCACGGGACAAAAUAUAUGGCCUGAUGGGUAUGGUACGCAAAGAAGAUAGGGUAGUGGUAGACUACGAAAAGAGCGUCCUGGAAGUAUAUCUGGACUUUCUGAAAAUCAGCAUCAACACAGGAUUGCCAAGUAUCAUGAAUUCAGAGGAACCAUCAUACUACCUUGAGUUGGGAGUGUUGAUGGGCUUAGACGAUUAUAUAUUACUAGGUAUUCUGCGACUGACGUUGAAUCGUUUCACUGUUCACAAGAAUGACACGGUGACAGAUAUUGGAUUAGAAGAAGCAGGUCAAGCACAUGAGCAGCAUCGUUGGUGGUAUGAGUGUAAUGGUGAGAGGCAUCACUUUUGUUGCCGGUCUCUAUCUGGUUCGGAAAUUUCGAAAAUUUGGGCCUUCAUGGAAUGGAAUGGAAUCGAUUAA